UUGAUCAGAUCUACUCACUGUUAAAAUAAAUGACUCAAUUUCGAAGUCACCCUGUAUAUAUAUAUAUGUGUGUGUGCGUGUGUGUGUGUAUAUACAUAUAUAGUUUCCUAGUUAUCGAAGGAUCGCGUUAUAAAACAAUUUUAGUUGACUGAAUGGUCCGAUUUGGCAGAGCAUAUUGGCUUUUCGGAAGAAUUUAUGAAACAACUUGGUAGCUGUCUAAUUUAAAAUCAUUGAAAAAACUUCCUUUACAUCUGCUCUUUUUGCUGUCGUCCAAACGCACGGGUAUCUUCUGCUGACAUCUCUUCUAUUGCACAAACCAUGCCAGCACCGGCAAAAAUACGCUACGAUGAGGCAUUUAUAUGUUUUUCUAGCUAUGUCGACUUGAAUGUUUCAUGUUUUAGCUACCGAGAGCUGUACUUUCACCAAGCACUUCACUAUUAUCGAUUAAGCUUUUCAUUUCAGACUUUGUUUGUGGUACUUGCGGAAAAGAGUACUCUCGCAAAGAAUCCUUCCGAAUACAUGCACUUUACGACUGCAAUGGUGGAACGAAGUUUAAGUGCAAAUUAUGUGGACGGUCUUAUAAGAGAAAGCACGAUGUCAAAAGGCACCUGGUCAGAAGACACUUAAUAGAGCUUAAUGAUAAAUUGAGGUUGAGGGAGAAUAUUGUGAUGGCAGUACCUACUUAAGUUAUUUAUUUAUACGUCUGUUGAACUUGUGAAAUAUAUACAUUGGUAUUAUAGGCAAUUACUUCACGAAUUAGGUAAAACAUUUUGAUGAGUCAACCUUUCAAUAUUCAAUAGUUCCACUUUAACCAAUCGCAUCCCCGAAAUAGUUGUAGGCUCCUGUGAAACCUUCUGCUGAAGACUGAUGUUCAACUGUAUAUUGGCUUAGCAUAUCAACUGUCAACGGCACUUGUUUUUUUUUUAGUUUAAGGAAUCGUGAAAUGAAUGAAAUAUUGUGAUAUUAAAUACAUCCCAUCUCAUCAGACGAUAGAACAAAGUGAAUCCGUUUCAAAAGAUCUAGACAGAAAAAAUAUGAGGAGCAUAUUUGUGACGUCUCAGUACUUGAAUGCUAUCAUUAUUUAAAUAAAAAUAAAUUAUAACUACUUGAAAAGUGAUGGAAAACACUGCAAUUAAAUUAUCGUAUGUUUACUGUGAGCGAACGUUUUUAUGGACGAUCUUGUUUGUUUCAAUGUGUUUCUCAUUUUAUGAAACUUAUUUCUCUGAAGAAAGAAAUAAGAAUACUUGGAGUUCGACCAAAUCCUGGUACCCUCAACCCUGGAAGCAAUAUUGGCUGCCCGGAUGAACAAUGCGUCCAAGAUGAUAGGUCCAAAUAUCAAACAAAUUAGAAAAUUCAAGUACCUGACGAGUAAUAUGGUUCGCUCUGGAUAUAGCCCGAACUCUGAGUUUGCUUGCAGGUAUUGUGGCAAGCGAUACAAAUGGAAGUCUACCAUGAGGAGACACGAAGAAGACGAAUGCGGGGACAAAGAGCCCAAAUUCGUGUGUCCACACUGUCCGUACAAAGCAAAACAAAAGGGCAACCUGAAAGUACACAUUCGCAAGCAUCAUGAGGACAAUCCAAAUGGUUCAGCACCUCCUAGUCAAACGUAAAGGUUCUUAAUUCGUGUAGGUACAUGCAUAUAUUUCUGAGAAAUGAAGAUUAAGAUCUAUUCAGUUGGAAACAUUUUCCAUAUGUGUGAUACUCAGUAUAAUAUAGUUCUUUUAUAUACAGGGUGGCCCAUAAGUCCUUUGAGCUGGAAAAAAAGGAAUAAAACCAAACUAGUUACAUUAUGAAGAAUUGUUAUAUUUUGUUAUCAUCUUUAUUGAAUGGGAAUUAUGUUUUAAAAAUCACAUCGUCUAAAUGCAAUCCAUUACGAUCACGGCACUCAUAUAAACGACGUCUAAAAUUGUCGAUGACUGCGCGGCAAGUCAACACUGUAAUGCUUGCCAUUUCUCUUCGGAUAUUUUCUUUCAGGACAUCAACUGAUCGCGGAGUGGUGUCGUACACUUUACUCUUGAGGUAGCCCCAUAAAAAGAAGUCCAUUGGGGUCAAAUCUGGACUACGUGGUGGCCAGGAAAUGUCUCCUCUUCGAGAAAUUACUUUGCUGGGAAAAAGUUGACAGACGACGGGCAUAGAAGUGUUGGAGGUGUG